AUGUCGUUAAAGCUGUGUGAUCUGUCUUCCGAUUUGCUGAAUGAAAUUUUGUUGUUGCUGGAUAAUUUGUUGGGCUACGAUAGGAAUAUCAUAAAUUUAUGCUUGGUUUGCAAAACUCUCUAUUCAGAGAUAUCUAAAAUUAAUAAUUUUUGGAAUGAUAAAAUUCAUAGAGCCUUCAUUCCUUCGUGUUUUGACACAAUUUCCAUCAAACAAUUGAAAGAUUUGGAAAAUGAAAACAAACUCAUGACAGCUUACUUUAAUUUGGAAUAUUUCUGUAUUAAUGAUUCCAAACUUCCAGUGGAAGAUCUUGUGAAAAUUGAAAACUUUGAAAAAAAACAAUUAUCAAUCUCAACAAUUGGAAAUGAUUGUGACAAGUUCUACACGGGAGCUGGAUUUGGGACUUGGUUUCAAGAUGGAUUUUAUAACCACGAGUACAUUUAUAGAAAAGGACGGUUUGAAUAUAGUGGAUUGGUCAAUUUUGCAGUCAACCAUAAAAUAUGUUGUAACUUUGACAGUGGUUAUCUCUACAUUGGUGACGAGUUUCCAAACAAUAUUUUUGAUGGUUUUAUUUGGUUGACAAGCUUGUGGGAAUUGACAGAUUGGACUGAAAUUGAAAGGAGGUGCUUGAUCAUUAAUGACUUUUAUGAAGGAAAGGUCAAGAUUGAUGAACCUGAAAAGCCAUUCUUUAUUUGCCUGGUUGCGAAACAUUUUGAUAGAGAAACAUUUGAAAAGAUUGUUUAUUUAUUGAAUGGAUAUAUUAAGAGGAGAGGAAUGACAGUUUCUCGACUCAUGUAUUGUAAUUUAUUAACGAUAGAGCCAAAAGCUGUCAUGCUCAGUUUACUAAGCAGAAUUUCCAAGAGUUUCUUUUCACAACUAUUGAACCAUCUCCACACAAAGUUUGUCCCUCUUGGCAGACAAAAGAAAAAGUGUUUCCUUAUGUAA